AUGGAGCUGGUUCUGCAAUACUUGAAGCGCAAGGUCUUCUCCUGCCCUUUGCCAGCCUCUAUCAUUCCUGAGCUUCAUGUUUGCAAGUCUGAUCCUUGGGAUUUGCCAGGUGAUUUGGAGCAAGAGAGAUACUUCUUUAGCACCAAAGUGGCCAAAUAUCCCAACGGAAAUCGCUCCAACAGAGCCACAAAUUCGGGUUAUUGGAAGGCAACUGGUUUGGACAAACAAAUUGUUACUUCAAAAGGGAACAACCAAGUUUUCGAAAUGAAUAAGACACUUGUUUUCUGCAGAGGCAAGCCUCCUUAUGGAUCCAGAACUGAUUGGAUCAUGCACGAGUAUCGCCUCAUCCUUAACGGCUCUCAGUCUAAGGUGAGGCCAAACAAACUUCUACUAUUUAUGUAA